AUGUCCGAAGAACCCAUGUUCAAAUUCACGACAGGAUCGACUAGCGGGGUAGUCCGAACCGGCCUGCUCAGUUUGCCCAAUCGACAGGCCAUCAAGACUCCCCAUUAUCUGGCUUUAGCAUCUCGAGGAGCCAUACCGCACUUGACCCAGGACAAUGUGACCAAGCACACGCACAUCUGUGGUGCAUACAUGGCAGCAGAGGAUUGUAAGUUUGUGCUUUCGCAACAAUCUCUCGCCUGA